CUCUGCAUCUCGUGAGGUGUCUGGCUGGAGUAGUUUUUAGUGCGUCUCCUAGUCCGGGUCUUGGGCAAAACCGCUGAGCCCAUGCGCUCGCAUCAUUACGGGAAGCAGUAUUUACCAAUCAACCCGUGUGCCAACGACUUUUACGAUUAGCUAGCAAUCCGAAUUCCAACAAACAAAAAAGAAACAAGUGUAACAACAAAAAGUCAAAAGGACAUCCAAUUUGUGCCGUCGUCAUCGCCUUAAUCGCCAUUGCUCAGCAACUUGGGUGCCCUCCGCAAUUCGUGUUUGUGUGUUUGUGUAGUGUAUGGGCGUGCUGUGCGCAUCAAUGUGUGUGUAUAUAUAUUUGUGUCGCAUUUUAAAGUGCAGGCUCACCUUCUGAACGAUCGGAGUUAGAAGGUGUACCAGAUUUUACAUCGAAAAAGUACCAAAAAGCACGACCCCAUUGAUAAGUGGUUUGAGGAAAUCGCAACCAAGCCUAACCAUCCGCACGCGCCCCAAUGCCCCGUUCGAUGGUGUGUUCGUCGACAAGGGCAUAGGCGAACCACCAGUGCAAAGACAGUGCCUGUGAACUCCGCGAGCUGCGAUAAAAAAACCUGUAUAGAAAAUGCAAUAGUGUUGGGUUGGGAGUUGAAGUAAAGGAAGGGAAACGAACGAACCCAAACACGAGCUGAGCGUGUCCGACAAGCGGCACACGGUGACGAAACCGCGCACGGAAAGAAAGAUCUGCGAUCAGCUAUAAAGCAGACGAACGAAAUCGAAUGCAAAUGUCAAAGCUGGUGCCGAUCGCCAACCCGCAGCACCAUCACCUUUACCACCAUGUCAUCGAACACUGACCUCAGCUUCGAGUGGUCAUUGCUCACCAAGAAGGACUGCCGCAAGUGGAACACUGCCGACUUGCAGUUGGCAGCAGAACUUGGAAAGACGCUACUAGAACGAAACAAAGAGCUCGAAGCAACUCUGAAGCACCAUCAGAAUAUUAUUGAGGAUCAUGUACAGGAAAUAGAGUAUUUAACAAAACAGAAUGCUGCCCUGCGGGAGGUGAACGACUCGCGGAUGAAGAUCUACGAACAGCUGGAAGUGAGCAUUCAGGAUCUGGAGAGGGACAAGUACAAACUUGCGCUCGAGUAUCAAGCGGAGAAGAAGCAUGUUAAACAGCUGUGUAGCAAUAUAGAGAGCUUAGAAACCAAAGUAGAAGAACUGACGCGAUCGCUCGAAGAUGCUCGACGGCAAGCCGAAGCGGAUCGAAGGACAAAGCAAACGGAACGGUUGCUCAGUCAGCAGCAGCAGCAACAGCCACCGGGACUGGCAAUAAUUAAACUCAACAGCCAAACCAGCCAUGCAUCGAAAGACGCCAUACCUGUUGUUUCGCCGCAAGGGGACGAUAGCACCAGUCGACAAAAAGCCGAAACAUGUCAACAGAACAAAACAAUGUCCACUGCAGCGGCGAAGAACAGCGGUACCGUUCCGUCGUGCCAGGAUGGUGACGACAAUCAAGACGACAGGGAUGAUGGAACCUGUACGGAGGAACACAUACUAAGCGAAGAUAAUGAGGAGGUCCUGCGCAUUAUGCAGGAGCUUCAACGCACGCAAAAGUGUCUGCUGUCCGAGCAGGGCAAGGUGGGCGAACUGGAAGAGCAGCUGGCGGCAAUUGCCCAGGAAAAUACGGCACUCCAGUCGAAGCUGUUAAAUACGCGAUCCUCCGAAAUAAAGUCCGUGCAUGAUGAGCUGUCAAUGCUUGCGGAGUUCGGCCAAGGACAGGUGUGUACCAGAUGCCUGCGAGACCUAGGAGAGCAACCGGACAACGAUUCCAUCAUUACUGGCACUGAGGACGAUGAUGCCAGCCUGAUGGAUCUCAUCCACAACGUGGACAUACCGAAAGUGUAUCGGUCAUCUGUCACGAUGGAGAUACUUCCGACGAAACCGGAUAGCUUGGAUCUUUCCGCAAGCGAAUGUGCCGGUCCGACUAAUCCAUACCGCGAGUUGGUGGAAAAAUAUGAGGCACUGCUGGAGGUUCAUCGGCAACCAAUUGUGCGGAAGGCGACGACGGCAUCAGCGGGAGCGACUGCAACAACGGUCGGCUCUGGUAACAACACUCCGGUCGAUAGCUGUCAGCCGCAGCAGCUGCUGGUGGAUACGGUUGAUGGUGAACCGGCACCGCGCUAUAUGAUCGAGUUCAAUCCCGCCAUCGUGGCCUGCGAUCCACAGGAACGGCAUGCGGGCGAGCAUCAGGGUAUCAGGGCAGCUGCAGUAGCAGCAACCGAGUGCUCCGAAACCGAAACCGCGAGCUCCGGAUACUCGGACGAGGUGAGCAACAAGGCGACCCAGACGGAUGAGAGCCCGCGCAAUUUUCUCUGCACGAUCGCGGACGGCAAGGACUGGCGAUUCAGUAUCUACGAGGAUGAGAGCGCUAUCGACUCGCGGUUCCGCUUCAGUCCGGCGCAUCGCGAGCUGUUCCGGGAGAUAUUUAGCGUGCUGCGUAAGGCGGCCGAAAAUCGUGAUGAGGGCGAUCAGCUUCCACUUCUGGAUGAUACGAAACCGAUCGGUGGUGUAGUGGCGGGUAGAGGUACAACCAAUCCGGUACCACCAGUAACGCCUGCGAACGAAGAACCGCCAGCCGGUUUCGGUAUAGAGGAGGAAGAGGAAGACGACGAUGAGACGGUCAGCUUCAUCUCAUCCUCCGCCGUCAGCGAACAGUCCUUCGCUAUGUCCGAAUGCAUCACUAAGUCAGAACGUCGGCGAAUCGCUCGGCAGGCGAAGGCCGCUUGUCGGUAUGGGGAAGAGGAACCGAAACCAACGGAACUUCAUCUCGCCGACGAUGCGACCAAACGCCAACCACAGCAACUACAGCACCAUCCGCAGCAUGCAUUGCCUGGUGCUGCCGAUGGACACGCGCUACCGGCCGAACUAGACUACAUCUCGGUAACGGUCGGUGUACACAAGCGCAAGUCACGCCGUCGAAGCCAUCGGCGAGAGGGCAACCAAACGGUUGGUCUCACUCCACCGACACCGCCUCGCACAGGAAGCGCCCGCAAGAACCGGCCCUCGUUCCGCCCGUGGAACCCGGAACGGGACGGUGCCACCGCCGUGCCGGGCGAAUGGAAUGGUAACUCGAUGACCGUUUACAACCGGGCCAUACCUAAACCGGGCCAACCUGCCCCGGACGGUCACGGCGUGGGUGCCUCUACCCUUCCCAAUGUUGCCAACACGAGUCACGCAAUGCCACCCAAAUCCCGACGGUCGGGUGAGAAGAAACGGAACUCCUCGGGACUUCGUAACCGAUAUGCUGAUCUAAUGGAUGAUGCCCAAGGUGAGGAUGUGGUUGAAUUCCGGCCCUCGUCCGCCUCCCAACACCUGCACAAACUACAGAAAUUGGAUCUCUCGUACGCGGAAGUGCUGCGCCGUGCGGACGGUGGCAAUCCUUUCCCUGCCCGGCGCCAGUAUAAUAAACCGCAGUAGCCAGCGCAAGGUUCAGGGGCCCAGGGAUGAAACACCAAACAGCAUACUGUACGGAUGUAGAGGAAACUGCAAAAUAAACUUCCCCAAAAAUCGCGUCACGCAAUUCGCGUUCCGAACGAUUUAGAACAUAAAAGAAAAUGUCUUCUUUAGUGGGUUUGUUUUUUGUCUAUACACGUU